AUGACAAGAGGAAAACGAGUUUUAUCUUCUGGCAAUGAAAACACUUUGAAAAAGAGGGCAAAGCAGAGUUCUGAUAUAUCGCUGACAAAAGAGAAAAAUGAAGAACCCAAGAUCAAACGAGCGCUGACACCACCUUCAGAUCCGUCCGUCGUUCCUCCAGUCAAUGUAGAUACAGUUAUAUACGGCUCGUAUGAAAUGAAAGCCUGGUACUAUUCGCCUUACCCGCUGGACUUUGGAACCUUCAUUGAUAGACUCUACAUUUGUGACAAUUGUUUGAGAUAUAUGCAAAGAGAGACACAACUCAUCAAUCACAAGGCUGAAUGCAAAGCGAGAAAACCACCAGGAAGAAGCAUCUACUCAAAUGGCACAAUCAAAGUAUAUGAAAUUGAUGGACAUGAGCACAAGUUAUACUGUCAAAAUCUGUGCUUAAUAGCCAAGCUAUUCCUUGAUGUCAAGACGCUUUAUUUUGACACGGAUGGCUUCAAAUUCUACGUGCUUAUCGAACGUCAUCCCAAAUACAAAUCCUAUGAAUACAUGGUUGGUUACUUUUCCAAGGAAAAACUGUCCUAUGACAACUACAAUCUUGCUUGUAUCAUGACGCUGCCCUCACAUCAAAGAAAAGGUUAUGGCAGACUAUUAAUCGAACUCAGCUAUGAAAUAUCAAAACAUGAAGGUAAAAUUGGAUCACCAGAGAAGCCCCUGUCGCCCUUGGGCAGUCUAGGCUACAACUCAUACUGGGGAUCCACAUUAAUGACAACUUUACUGCAUUUCCGAGGUGAUGUUACUAUUGAGGAGAUUGUGAACAAGACUUCGAUCCACGAAGAAGAUGUGAUUGACACACUUUCAAGAUUGAAUUUGCUCUGUUACCGCAAAACCAUGGAGAAUGGGCGUCAAAACGUGUGCAUUACAGAAGACAUGUUGCAGGAAACGAUUGUCAAAUUCAACAUCAAGUUGGGCCGUCAAUUAGAUCCAAAGCUCAUCAGAUGGAAAUAA